AGCCGGUUCACGUGGCCCUAUAAAAGCGUAAAUUUUAAGGGCUUCGGCUUUUACCACUUACAUCCUCUCUGUCUAGGGUUUCCGUGGAAGUCUCCUUCUAGCCUUAAAAGAUGCGGAAGAAAAAGGAAAGAACUUUUAAUGAGCCCCAUUCGACAGUUGAUUUAAAAUCAAUGAUUCAUGAAAAUGCUUUGUUCUUUGACAAAUUGGUUGAGUUAAUCCCUGCAAGGUUUUAUCUACCGGAUGAAAAAGAUAAAGCUUGGUUUCAGGGUCUUAGCAAGGCCGAAAAGGCGUCUGCUAAGAAACAAUCUAGAGAAAACAUUAAGAAAGCUAGGAGAGAUAGGUUAGAUCCCGAGAAGUCGUCAAAAACGACUCUUGAUUUGUUGAAAGAGAAUUUGGAAAAGGAGAAAUUGAAUCAGGAGAGUGACGAUGAGGAAAUUGAGGUUAGGCCUAUGAUGUCUGAUUUAGAUGGUGGUGAGGAACGGUCGGUUACUUAUGAAGAACUUCGGCAAAGGCUUCAUAGGAAAAUCGAAGAGCUUCGUGGUGGAAGAAAUAAUGUUGGUUCACAUAAAGGGAAGAAGAAAAACGAGAGGAAUGAUAAGAAGGGUAAUGUUCAAAAGAAGCGAAAGAGGGAUAACGGAGCUGAAGAAAAGAAAGGUGCUACUAGUAAUGAUAUGGAGAAAGUAGAGAAGGAUGUGGAAGAGGCUGCAAAGGAACUUACUUUUAGUCAUGUUAAACUUGGGGAUGAGGAAAAACAUGGGAAGAAGAAGAGAAAACUUUCAACGCUCAAGGAGCUUGAAAAUGCAAUGAAAUUAGAAGAAGCUAGGAAAGAUCCUGAGAGAGGUGAGGUUAUCGCGAAGAAGCAUUCAUGGAAGGCAGCGAUGGACAGAGCUGCAGGAAUUAAGGUUCAUGAUGAUCCAAAGUUGUUGAAACAAAGUAUACAGAAGGAGAGGAAGAGGCAUCAGAAGAAUGUUGAGAAGUGGAAUGAAAGAGUUGAAACUACGGAGAAGUUGAAAGCAGAGAAACAACAGAAGAGAUCGGAGAAUAUAGCAGAUAAGAUUCACCAGAAGAAGAUGCGGCGGAUUGCAAAGAGGGAGAAGAAGCUGUUGCGACCAGGGUUUGAAGGUCGGAAGGAGGGUUUCAUUAAUGAAGGCUCAACCUAAGGUUGGUUUCUUUUAAUUUUUCCAUAGCCUGUGGCUUGGAUAUGUCUGUUUCUUGUUGAUAGGGUUGUCAUUAACAUCAUAUAUCUGUUACUACUUCUCCUUUCCCUUCCUUUUUCCACCUAGAGAAAGUGGAUGAAUGUUAUUUAAGAACUGAAUUUGGAUUAAUAUAACACAAAAUGUUUGGUUCUGAUUGUUUAUGGCCUCAUUUGUGCCCUUUGACAAUAAUCUCCUACAAGCUUCAGCUUACAUUAUAAUCUCAAUUUGUAGCGAUGCUAAAAUGACUAUAUAUUAUUGUAACAAAUGAAAAAACUAACAUUUGCUAAUCGUUUGAAUGUUUCAUUUAGUCAUAUUGAUAAAAGAAACUGUUGCAAGAUUGGAUCAAUGUGGAAUAGUAUGCUUCUUACUCUCACUAGUCCAUAAAUCUUGGAAAAACAAGAACAAAAAAUUGUUAUUGCUGGCAUAUUGUUGACAACCUUGGCUUAUUCCCUAGGUGGUUGAGGCAUUUGCCUUCUAUUGAAAGGCAUCAUGUGGUUAUUGUGAAAAUGAAAAGAGUGCUAAUAGAUAAUCAAGAAAACCAUUACCAUUACAUUCUUUUAAUUGGAUCUAAAUUCUCUGUUAGAUUCUUUUUAACUCCCAUGAACAUCCUGAAUUAUUCUGGAUAGACAUGCUUUAACUCUCUUUGUUUGUCACCAAUCUUCCAAAAUAGUUGAUUUUUUUUUAUAAUCUGGAAUAUAUAUUUUUUCUUGUUUCAUAGGUGAGAUCUUUGGCAUGUAAUUUGGGCAUUCAAAAAGAAGAAGUUGAAGUGUGGAAUUGGAAGGGAUUAUCCCAAUUUCACCCUUAAAAUGGCUCUUUUUAACUUCUGUUUCUAAACAUAGAACUUUUAAAACUUGCAGAAAGGAGCAACUAGUUUUCUAUUGCAACUUGAUUUCUGUAAUCCAGGUAAAAAUAUCUUAGGCUAAUAUUCUUUGAUGAGUCACUCUUCUGAUCAAGUCUAACAAUUGAUGAUGUUUAAUGUG